AUUUUUUAUUAAUAAGAACAAUAGGACAAUUCCUUUAUUCUUCUUUAAAGAUUGUUAUUUAAAUAGCACGCAAAUAUCCUUAUAUACAUUGUAUAAUAAACCAUAUAAUCAUCAUGUCUGUUGCAAAUGCCCUACCUGUCGAAAUACUCACUUGGGUCGACCAAUAUUUGACUUUCCAUCAACGUUACACAUGUCUCUUUGUGUGUCGGUCGUGGUACACAACCUUUCGUGCCUUGUUGGUCUCAACCGUCGUUCUCUGGCACACAGACCAGCUGGUCAGCUUCUUACGCGUUCUCUCGGACUCUGGCCAUGAAAAAGAAGAAAUCGGUUUCUAUGUGUCCCACUUGACGAUUCAUGACGAUGUGCGGAUCAGACAUCACCAAUUCCAACAGCUCAUGGCGCUAUGUCCAAGAAUCGGCUCAGUUUACAUGGGCUCGCGUCUCAGACAAACCCUGUUUCGACACGGUCACCUCAAUGACGCUUCUCUACAGGCCCUGUUGACGUCAAAAAGAGUGGGGCGACUUGCAUUGGGGCUCCCCCAGUUCAAGGCCUUGUGUGGGGCCCCGCAUGCGGCCGCAUUCACAGGUGCACUGAGGCACCUGAUGCUCGACUGUGGCAGAACGUCGCUUGAAGACCUCGAAUUGAUCCAUUCAGCCUGCCCUUUGCUCGAGUCUCUUAAGCUGGCCAUGGCUGAUCUCUCGUGCCGUCCGGACCUGGAAGCUGCGCAGGAAGCAAUUGUCGAAACAGCUCGGCCAUGUGGGCUGCGUCGAUUGUCGAUUCAGCGGGAUGUCUAUGGGCGAUGGAAGAAUCCUGACCGAUGGCUGUCGUACUUUGCAGCAGCCUAUCCGAGACUACAGCUGCUUGAGAUUCAGACCAGCCAGGGUAGCAAAACCGAAUGGCUGUCAGAUAUCCGACUGUCUUUGAUAGAGAAUGCUGCCCGCACGCUGGCAUACGGCUGUACUGAGCUCAAGACGAUUAGUAUCAACGGCCCAUGGUCUUGGAUGGUCUUACAGGCGCUCAGUAGAGCCAGAACCCCACUCACAGAGUGCAGUCUUGAAGAGUACACAGGAGAGCUUUAUGCAAACAGUGUUUCUAUUCUCUCUAGCCAACCCCAGAGCCAGAUCAGCCGGCUAGCCUUAAAGAUCCGUGGAUUGUGUGGUGCAGAUCGGCUGUGUAGUUAUCUUAUAGGACUACCACUCGCACAUCUUGUUCUCACAAGCACAGAUCGGAUCCACAUAUCCUCAAAUACCUUGCUCGACAAUUGUCCAUCUCUCAUCACUCUUAGUCUUGAGCAUAUAUCCCUGUCAAUUCCUCAUUUAUUCAACUCCUCAAACUCUUCCAGGUCUUCCAACUCCUCCAACCUAUCACCCCUUGUUUCUCUCGUGUCUCUAUCAAUAAAAUACGCAGAUUUAAAUGUACUUUCAUUUGAGUACCUUGGUCAGCGAUGUCCAAACAUAUCCAAUCUUGUGUUGGACUCCUGCUGUGUGUCCGGAAAGGAUGAAUACACCCCAGGACCGUUUCAGCUCAACUGGUCACACCACCGGCUCCACUCACUCCACAUCAGCAAUCUGACCACUGCCCAGCCCGCCUUUCCUUCAAAACCAACUCGUCUACCAGUGCGGUCUUUUCACAUGAUCAUGCAAACCCAGACACCGGUUGAAACACCUACACAAUCCAGGUAUGUCAAGGAACAAUGGUACACGGUAGAAACCAAGGGACACCCACAAUUUGUCCAAGACCGGUCUCAGUGGACUCACUCUGACAAGGAUGCCGGCUGGAUGGUCGAACCUGCGUUUGUAUUUGAGACAAUUGGACAUGUCAGGCCGUGCCUUCCUAUUCAGGAAUGCCAACCAAACCACAUAUCAUUCUCGUCCUAUUCCCUAGCCUUUCUUUACAUUAAUCAUCGAUGGCUUAGUCUUUUGGACUUACCUUCCACAAAAUAA